GAUUUUGAGUUUUCUCCUCAACGUGAAAAUGGCUUCCUCUUACAUGUACGAGUCUUCGACGACCUCUAUGAAAGCACAAAGUUUCUCAGCCGAAACAAUAACAUUCCAAUCAUCAAUCACCAACUCAGGUUUCUCGAGUCAGUCGCGAUCGGAUCUUUGCUCACCAGAUUUAGCGCUACAACAGAGGCAGACAACCACAACAGAAAAUUUGAGUAAGCAGAAUUCCCUUAGAUACAAUUCAAAAUCUUCUGAAAAGGAAGAAUUUUUUGAAAAAUCAACAAAAAUUAGCGGCAAAAUUUAUCGCGCGCGCAUUGCCAAAAAUCCAAAAAAUAAUAUUUCCUUUACCCGGUAUUAUUAUUUAUUUAUUCAAUUAUUCUCUUACUUGGUUACUGCCAUUUUAUUUUCUUCAAUAAAUUCAAUUUCUCUUCAUGUUUGGCUUAAAAAUCUUUGUCGGACUUUGACUGCUAAAGCAAGAUUUGUUUCACCUACUUCCUUCACCAUUUUUGUUUUCUUUCUUAUGUUUACUGAAACAUUUUCUACUCCUGCAAUGAAUCAACAAAGUGGCAGUCAUUCAUUUUUCCCCCAAUCGCCUUGGGGUGGUAGCCAAACAUAUUGGCCAGGUGGAAGUUUAAAUCAUAAUCAUCAUCAAUGGCCAUUACAACAAAAAAAUACACGAGAAAUUAUGCUUUCCGUAGUUAAAAAUAUUAGUGAGGCAACUUCUGUAGGAGAAAUUCUACUCAACUUUCGCGCAGAAGACAAAAGCUCUCCCACAUAUAAUUUAACAUAUCGAAUUAGCCGUGAAACAGAUCCAAAACGUCAAUUUUCCAUUGACCAGAACGGUGCACUUCGAGUGGCUCAAUUACUUGAUCGCGAAGACAUUCCUUACUAUGCAUUGCGUAUUGAGGCUUUUGAUCAGGCUGGCAAUAUUGGCGCGCAAUAUGUUGAUAUAUACUUGCAAGAUGAUAAUGAUAAUGCACCCAGAUUGGAAACUUUCCCAAAUCCUUGUAUUUUUAUGGAAAAUACACCACCUGAACAGCAAUCUGCAUGUGAAAUUAGAGCAACGGAUGAUGAUCUGGAAGAGAAUGGUCCGCCAUUUAACAUGAGUCUAGCUCCCGAUUUUCAAUUUCGUGAUUAUCUUGAUGUACAAUUUGAUCGAAGCGGUGAUGGAGGAAAAGGGGUUUUCUUCUUUUUAUGUAUUUUUCUAUUUUUUUUCUGUAAGGUUAUGCAUGUUCGCCCACUUAGAGAAUAUGACCGAGAAGAUCCAGAUUUACCUGAAAAACGUUUUACAAUUCCAAUUAUUGUUUCUGAUGCAAAAGGAAAGCAGCGACAACAAAAUGUUUACAUUGUGAUUGGAGAUUUGAAUGAUAAUUCAAUGAGUGAUGGACAUAUGGAUAUAUUUAUUUAUUCUUAUAAAGGACAAUUAAAGAAGACAGUAAUUGGUGUUCCUUUUGUUGAAGAUAAAGAUGAUUGGGAUAUUGGAGACAAAAGUUUUCAGUUGAUAAAAUCUGAGAAUCAAUAUUUCCAUUUACAGGAUAAACAGUUGGUAAUUGAUGCUGAUUUGUUAGAGGGAACAUAUGAAUUGGAGGUGAAAGUAGAAGAUAGAGUACGUUCAGAAAAGGCAACAUCGUUUAUUAAAGUUGUUGUCCGUCCAGUACCGGAAAUUGCUUUUGAAAAACAUGCAACAAUUCGAAUUGAAGUAGAUCCAUCUCAUUUACCAACAAUAACAUCACAAGAAGCAAUGGAGUUGGCUUCUUCAUUAAUUAGAGAAGAACAUGGAGAACCUUCGAGAAUUGAAUUGUUUCGACGUGAAAUGGAAACUUUAAGUCAAUCAAUUGUUGAAAUAAUUUCUUUAAAACCUGAUGAUCAAAUUUUACAACGUCUCUCUACAAAAGUUGUUGAUUUGCGUUUUACAGCACGUUUAAAUGAUGAAUAUUUGGAUCCAAUUUACUUACAUGGAUUAAUUCAAAGAAACAAGGAAAGAUUAUCCUCUGUUCUUCGUGCUAGAAUUCUUGCAAUUGGUGUAGAUAUGUGUAAAUGGACAACUUGUGAUAAUGGAUGUAGAACAGAAAAUAGAGUUGAUAAUGGAGGAGUUGUUAUUCAUGCUAAUAGAACAGUUAUUGUUGGAUUGAAUGCCUCAGCAACAGAUGUUUGUGAUUGUCCAGCAUUUAUACCUAAAAAUGAAUGUGAUAGAAAUGUUUGUUUUAAUGGAGGUGUUUGUCAUGAUACUCGGCCUGGAACUUUUUGUGAAUGUAGAAAUGCAGCACUUACUGGAUUUAGAUGUCAGGGAAAUACCCGAAGUUUUGAUGGACGUGGGUUUGCAUGGUUCAAACCAAUGCCAGCUUGUACUUCAUUAAAUAUUUCUUUAAGAUUUAUGACAAAGCAAGACGGUGUUAUUCUUUAUAAUGGCCCAAUGGGUGAUCCAAAACAAGAUAUACUUAAUUACAAUGAUUAUUUACUUAUUUACAUUGAACAAGGAAUGUUACAUGCUGUUUUACAAUUUAAUGGAAAAGAACCGGUUGAUCUUUUUAUUGAACAAAUGGUAGCUGAUGGACGUUUUCAUCGUUUUACUCUUACUCAACAACAUAAAAAACUUAGAUUAGUGUUGGAUGAUUGUACUUCUAUUGAUAGUUCUUCAUCAUCAAAAUUAAAUCAAAAAGUUUCUAAUAAUAAUUGUAUGAUGGCAAAAGAUGCACCUGAUGAUGAUGAAAGAUUAAAUAUAGCUACACCUUUACAAUUAGGAGGACUUGCUUCACUUGGUGGUGCUUUAGAAGAAUAUCCUAGAGCAGUACGUGCACACGCGUUGGCUAAUUUUGUUGGAUGUACUCGUGAACUUGUAGUUAAUUUUGAUCAUUAUGAUCUUUACCGGCCUGUUUAUGUUGAACAAAGUGUUCCUGGAUGUUCACUUUUUUGGGGUUCUGCCUGUUCAACUUCUGAAGGUGGAAAUGUCGAUUCUUCACAAAAUGUUAAUAUUCCUCUUUCCAAUUCUUUGGAAUCGAGUGGAGGAGGAGUUUCAAUUACUAGUGGUGGAAAUUUUUGUUAUGGACAUGGUGAAUGUAUUGUUGCCAAAUGUGAAUGCGAACCUGGAUGGGAAGGUGAACGUUGUGAACGUCCAAUUGAUUGGGUUGAAUUUACAACGCGUGAUGCUCUUCUUAAAUUUCUUUUACAAGUAGAACCGCCUUAUAAGGAUUCUCGUCUUCGUUUACUUUUUUUACCUGGUUCUUCAGCUAACGGACAAUUAGCUUCUGCACUUAGUCAAUCUGGACCAACAGCAUCAAUGCCUACUUUUGAUUUAACUCCACAACCAAUUAAUGGUCAAUCAAUGCCUGUAGAAUUGGAAUUGCCUGAACCUAAACUUAAUCAUUCAGUGCCAUAUUUUAUAGAUUUUAGAAGAACUCCUUCAAGUGCUCAUCUUUCAAUUGAUGGACAAUAUAGCAUUCAAAAAGAAUUAGAUCCCGACCGGGAUGGUCUUCUAUUUGUUCCCAAACAUUUAUAUGCUGGCAAUCAACCAGGAUCUAAUGGAUUUCUUGGAUGUUUAGGAAAAUUUUAUUAUAAUUCUAUUGGAAUGAAUCUUCGAUUAAAUAACAAUAAUGAACAAAGAAUUGAACAAAAUAAUAUAUUUUCAAAUAAUGAAAUGGUUCAAAACAAUAAUGGGGAUACAACAGCAAUGGAAGAUUCUCGGUUUCGUCGUAAUCGAUUACAUUUACCCAUUAGACACAAAAGAUAUCAAAAUAAUGAUCAAGGAAUUGUUCGUUUAGAAGCUAUGAAGGGAGUUGUUCAAGGAUGUUCUCAGUUAGCAACAUGUGACAAAUUGGGUCCUCGAUUCUGUCCUAUUGGUCAAGUUUGUAUGGAUACCUGGAAAGGAGCAUUCUGUGUUUGUUCUGAAGGCAAUCAUGCUACUUUGGAUGCAAAUGGUCGUUUAUCUCGUUGUAAUCAACAUGAAGCUGUGGCAAGUCUCGGAAUAAGUAAUCCUGCAAUGCUUUUAAUUCUUUGUUCUUUAGCUACACUUAUUUUAAUUCUUCUUUUAAUGGUUGUUUAUACAAGAAGACAAAGACCAAUUUUUGAAUCUGUAAGACCUGAAGAAAUGAAACCAGACAGUUUACGGCCGUAUGAUGUUGAAGGUGGUGGAGAAGCUGACAAUACCAGACAUAAUCUUUCAAAUCUUCGAAAACCAGUUAUGCCAUUAGAUAGCAAUGGAGGGAUUGGUGGUGGAGGAACAAAUAAUGGAGCUAAAAUAUAUCCUAAUGGAGGACGCUCACCUAUUGAUGAUGGAUUAAAUGCACAUGUAAAUGAUCUAGAGACGGAUCCAAAUAUUGGACCUUAUGAUGAAUUAAGAAUGUAUAAUGUUGAAGGUGAUACUCAAUCAACGCUUUCGUUGGAAUCGCUUGAUUCGGCUCGCAUUCCAAAUACAAAUAAUAGAACAUCACAAAUGACAGCUGAUCAAAACGAAGGGCCACCGGCUCGCUGGCCUUCAAAUGAAUCAGCUGGAACUGAAACAUCAUUUGUUCGUUAA